UGAGACAUGGUGGACCACCUGGCCUACACGGAGAUCAACACUCAGCGAAUAGGGGCUGUUGAGACAUGUUUUGGUUCAGCUGGCCAACCCCUUGCCAUCCCAGGAAGAGUCCUCGUGGGUGAAGGAAUACUGACCAAGGAAUGCCGGAAAAAACCCAAGCCGAGGAUCUUCUUCCUCUUCAACGACAUUCUGGUGUACGGAACCAUUGUCAUCAGCAAGGUCAAGUACAGCUGCCAGCACAUCAUCCCUCUAGAAGAUGUGACCACCGACCUACUCCCCGACAGCGGAGAAAUGAGGAACCGGUGGAUGCUAAAGACAUCUAAAAAGUCCUUCGUGCUCUGCGCCGCCUCUUUCACCGAAAGACAAGAGUGGAUCAGCCACAUCAAAGAGUGCGCCAGCCGGUUGAUGGAGAAGACCGGGAGACGACCGUCCUUGAAGCACGCGGCUCCCUGGAUUCCGGACAAGGCCACCGACAUCUGUAUGCGUUGUACUCAGACUAAGUUCACCGCCAUAACUCGCAGGCACCACUGCCGCAAUUGCGGCUUCGUCGUUUGCCAGGAUUGCUCGAGAAACAAGUUUAUCAUACCAGCCUUGUCCUCCAAGCCUUUAAGAGUUUGUAAUCUGUGCCACAGAAAACUGAUGAGUGAAAAGUUGGCUGAAGAAGAAGAACUUAAGAGGCGGGAGCUUGAGUUGAACCAAGAGGUCACCGAGUCUGAUCCUUCGAGCGAAGAAGACAGCGAGAAUGAUGACGAUAAGACUGAUGUCUUUCCUUCAAAUGAGGACUUUUACUCUUCGUCGUGGUCGGCCUUUCAUGCCUGAUUGGGAUUUAUGAUAUUUAUUAAAGACUUGUACCAAUACUAGAACAUCAUACCACAAGGCCUAAGACUAGAUAAGGAGCCUGUUACCCAACUUCCU